GGGUGGCCUGGCAGCGGAGCCCGCGCAGGGUUUGCCAGGCGAAGGCGGAGCGCUAACGUCUAACGCUAACGGCGGUCGUGCCCCGCCGCUGCUGUCACCCCUGGCCGCUGCUGCCCUCCCCGCCGAGGUUCUACUGCUCUCCUUCUUAAGAAGGGUAGGAGGCACUCGGUCUCUCCUCACACCUCUCGCCUGAGGCCAGGCGCCAGGUGUCGCCUGAAGCCAGACAGCCGGUUUGGGAGCGAGCCUGAGGGCAAGGGGAAGGCAAGGAGAUCUUCAAGAGAAUGUGACUGUGGGGGAUUAUGGCUUUCUGGCCAAUUUGUAGUCCCCAAAAUUGAGUGUCAAACAGAGGCUGGGUGACCUCCUGUCCAGGAUUGCUCUCAUCGUAUGAAUCGAAGUUUUCAUCUUAACGUAUUUUUUUCUCCUGAGAAUAGGCCAACCAAUCAAUGGCUCAGACAGAUAAGCCAACAUGCAUCCCGCCGGAGCUGCCGAAGAUGCUGAAGGAGUUUGCCAAAGCCGCCAUUAGGGUGCAGCCGCAGGACCUCAUCCAGUGGGCAGCCGAUUAUUUUGAGGCCCUGUCCCGUGGAGAGACGCCUCCGGUGAGAGAGCGGUCUGAGCGAGUCGCUUUGUGUAACUGGGCAGAGCUAACACCUGAGCUGUUAAAGAUCCUGCAUUCUCAGGUUGCUGGCAGACUGAUCAUCUGUGCAGAGGAGCUGGCCCAGAUGUGGAAAGUGGUGAAUCUCCCAACAGAUCUGUUUAAUAGUGUGAUGAAUGUGGGUCGCUUCACGGAGGAGAUUGAGUGGCUGAAGUUUUUAGCCCUUGCUUGCAGCGCUCUGGGAGUUACUAUUACCAAAACUCUCAAGAUAGUGUGUGAGGUCUUAUCAUGUGACCAUAAUGGUGGGUCGCCCCGGAUCCCGUUCAGCACCUUCCAGUUUCUCUACACGUAUAUUGCCAAAGUGGAUGGGGAGAUCUCUGCAUCACACGUCAGCAGGAUGCUAAACUACAUGGAACAGGAAGUAAUUGGCCCUGAUGGUAUAAUCACAGUGAAUGACUUUACCCAAAACCCCAGGGUUCAGCUGGAGUAAAAGCACAAUUUUGGCAAUUUUAAAGGAAGAUACAGAGAUGAUUGUACUUCAGAAUGACUGACACCCAUAUACCACCCAAAAUCAAUUUUCUUGUACAACUGGUACACACAAAUAAACAAUUAAACAUAUGAGAUCAGAAA